GGGAAAUAAAAACAGGACUAGUGCACGGUAACACAAGUGUGCGUAGCGUGUACAGACAUCAUACAGCUAUCUAUCUAACUGCUACUAUACAUACAGUAGGUCUUAUUUCACGCUCUAUCGUGUGUAUGCAUGCACGUGUGCACGCGUGCUUCAUGUGAUGUAUUGCAGUAUAUGCACCGAUUAUAAUAUAUUAUAAUAUGCAUCAUGAGGGCAGCAGACGAGAAGCCUCUUGCGCCCACCACGUCGUACAGCUCACUACAGGAACGUAUCAGACGUAUGACCGCAAAGGCUGCUGCUACCAAGCAUACACAGGCACAGGCUAGUCUUAACACGAAUAUGAAUGCACAACCCAACACACAUAAUAAUUAUAGUUCUAAUAUGCAUGGUAGUACUAAUAAUGUACAUGGAAAUGCGUCGGGAAAUACACACGUAUUGCAAUUGAACACCAAUGUAGGUAACGUGGAUGCGAAUGGGAGUAUGCUGGUAUAUUCGAUACCAUCUACGCCUAAAUUGGGGGAAGGCGGAGAUGGACAACAUAGAGACAACAAUCUUAGUUGUAAGAAGAUUAGGUUAGAUACACGCAUGCAGAAUAUAAGCGAGGCUAACAAGGAGAACAUAGACCAGAGAUUGUUAGUGAAUAAGAGUUACAACCAUAGCAACAGCAGUAAAACACACGAUAAAAUGGGUAGACGCAGUAGGAACCAGCCGGACACGCUACUGGGUAUGGCAGAAGGGGUGGGCCAGGAUACACGCAGAGACUCUGGCAUGGUGAUUGAUGAGAAGCAUCUGAGAAUGGGCGAUAUAGAAAACAAGGGCAACUCGUUGACGGAUUGGUGUGAGUUCCUGACUGAGGUUAAGGAGGAGUGCAGGAAUGACCCGAAGGUGUGUGUGGGUGUAGUUGCUAUGGUGAUAUGGUGUACGGGAGAGUGUGCUGCGUCUGAUGUGCCUAUGUAA